CUAAAAAUACCCGGCGGCGGCGCGGCGACUGCUGGGGCUGCGGGGCUGCCGGGCGGCUGGCCGCUGAGGCCGUGCGGGCCAGGCCGGGCCCGCCACCGACAUGCUCACGUUCUUCCUCGUCUCGGGGGGCUCCCUCUGGCUGAUCACGGAGUGCCUCUGCACAGCCACACCCCGACGCUCGACGCUCGGUGACAGCUGCCAGGCUCUGCAGCUUGCAGGCAUCUGCCAGAAGCAGAGUUAAUCCUCUCACUUCUGGAGAAGAUGCAGACACAGGAGAUCCUAAAGAUACUGCGGCUGCCCGAGCUGGCUGACCUGGGCCAGUUUUUCCGCAGUUUCUCAGCCACCACCCUCGUGAGUAUGGGCGCACUGGCAGCCCUCCUCGCCUACUGGUUCACUCACCGGCCCAAGGCCUUGCAGCCGCCAUGUGACCUCCUGAUGCAGUCAGAGGAAGUGGAGGACAGUGGUGGGGCACGGCGAUCUGUGAUUGGGGAUGGCCCGCAGCUUCUGACCCACUACUAUGACGACGCCCGAACCAUGUACCAGGUGUUCUGUCGUGGGCUUCGCAUCUCAGGGAAUGGCCCAUGUCUCGGCUUCAGGAAGCCCAAGCAGCCUUACCAGUGGCUGUCCUACCAGGAGGUGGCUGACAGGGCUGAAUUUCUGGGGUCUGGACUUCUCCAGCACAAUUGUAAAGCAAGCACAGAUCAGUUUAUCGGCGUUUUUGCACAAAAUCGGCCAGAGUGGAUCAUCUCGGAACUGGCCUGCUACACAUAUUCCAUGGUGGUGGUCCCGCUCUAUGACACCCUGGGCCCUGGGGCCAUCCGCUACAUCAUCAAUACAGCGGACAUCAGCACCGUGAUUGUGGACAAGCCUCAGAAGGCCGUGACUCUGCUGGAGCAUGUGGAGAGGAAGGAGACUCCAGGGCUCAAGCUCAUCAUCCUCAUGGAACCGUUCGAGGAUGCUCUGAAAGACAGAGGGCAGGAAUGCGGGGUGCUCAUCAAGUCCAUGCAGGCUGUGGAGGAGUGCGGCCAGCAGAAUCGUCACGUUCCUGUGCCCCCGGAGCCCUGCGACCUCUCCAUUGUGUGUUUCACCAGCGGCACCACAGGGAACCCAAAAGGUGCGAUGCUCACCCAUGGGAACGUGGUGGCUGAUUUCUCAGGCUUUCUAAAAGUGACAGAGAGCCAGUGGGCUCCCACGUGUGCGGAUGUGCACAUUUCCUAUUUGCCUUUAGCACACAUGUUUGACCGAAUGGUGCAGUCUGUCGUCUACUGCCAUGGAGGACGCGUUGGCUUCUUCCAGGGAGAUAUCCGUCUCCUCUCAGAUGACAUGAAGGCUCUGUGCCCCACUAUCUUCCCUGUGGUCCCACGCCUGCUGAACCGGAUGUAUGACAAGAUCUUCAGUCAGGCAGACACACCAUUAAAGCGCUGGCUUCUGGAGUUUGCUGCGAAGCGUAAACAGGCUGAAAUUCGCUGUGGAAUCAUCAGGAACAACAGUAUCUGGGAUGAACUCUUCUUUAAUAAGAUUCAGGCCAGUCUUGGGGGAAGCGUAAGGAUGAUUGUUACUGGAGCAGCCCCCGCCUCUCCAGCAGUCCUGGGAUUCCUCCGAGCAGCUCUGGGAUGCCAGGUUUAUGAAGGUUAUGGCCAAACAGAGUGCACAGCUGGAUGUACCUUUACCACACCCGGGGACUGGACCUCAGGGCAUGUUGGGGCUCCCCUGCCCUGCAAUCAUAUCAAGCUGAUUGAUGUGGAGGAACUGAACUAUUGGACCAGCAAAGGCGAAGGCGAGAUAUGUGUGAGAGGACCAAAUGUAUUCAAGGGCUACUUGAAAGAUCCUGAGAGGACAAAAGAGGCCUUAGACAGCGACGGCUGGCUUCACACUGGAGACAUUGGCAAGUGGCUGCCGGCAGGAACUCUUAAAAUUAUUGAUCGGAAAAAGCACAUAUUUAAACUCGCUCAGGGAGAGUAUGUGGCACCUGAGAAGAUCGAGAAUAUCUACAUCCGUUGUGAGCCUGUGGCACAAAUCUAUGUCCACGGGGACAGCUUAAAGGCCUUUUUGGUGGGCAUUGUUGUGCCUGACCCAGAAGUCUUGCCUUCCUGGGCCCAAAAGAGAGGAUUUGAAGGGUCUUUUGGAGAUCUUUGCACAAAUAAGGAGCUGAAGAAGGACAUCUUGGAUGAUUUGGUGAGGUUAGGAAAAGAAGGUGGACUCCAUUCUUUUGAACAGGUUAAAGCCAUUCACAUCCACCGUGACAUGUUCUCAGUUCAAAAUGGCUUGCUGACACCAACAUUAAAAGCUAAGAGACCUGAGCUGAGAGAAUACUUCAAAAGACAAAUAGAAGAGCUUUACUCAAUCUCCAUAUGAAAUUCAAGGAAAGUUCUUCUCAGUGUAAUGGACUGUGUAGCAAUAUUAUAGUUACUCCUGAAAGUAAUGAGUCAGCUUAAUGGCGCAGCUGAAAAUGAAUAAGCACGUGACCAUAUGACAGCCUUUUCCUGUCCCGAGAGGUCUUUAACAAUAUUUUCUCUAUCAUCACUGAGUACACUUUAUUUUUAUUAAAAUGGAUUGUAGUGAGCUGCUAAAAUAUUGCAAAUGGCAAUGUAAAAAUCAAGACUUUUCUCAAAAACUGUGUACCACUAAAAGUAAUAUAUUCUCAAUGUUCACAGAACUAUUAAACAUAAAGAAAAAAUAACUGAUAUAUUGUACCUAAUUAUUUGUGGAAUAGUAAAGAUACAGCAAAUACAUAGACAAUAUGGACUACCUCAUGCAAUAACUGAUUGUCAAGUCGCAAUGAACUCAGACUUAAAAAAUUAAAAACAGGUAUACAAAAUCAUGCUAAAACUCUCUAGCUCACUCUCUAGAAUUUGGAUUCUUUAAACAUGACAAUCCUUAUUGAUGUGAAAGUUUUCUAAUUUUUACUUUUAUCCCUGAAAAACAUAAGUUCAGAUGUUAUUAAAACAACUGUGAUGCUAAUACAGCAUUUAACAAAAUAUUUUAACAUGUUUUCUCAUUUAUUAAUUUCAAUUAGAAUUCAUAAAUUACAUAGAAAAAUAUAACAUAAAACUCAAGGAUAUGGGGCCGGAGCAAUAAUAUAACUGUUAGGGUGUUUGCUUUUCACAUGGCUGACCCUGGUUUGAUCCCCAGCAUUGCCUAUGGUCCUUUGAGUCUGCCAGGGGUGAUUUCUGAGUGCAGAGCCGAGAGUAACUCCUGAACACCACCGGGUGUGGCAAAAAACCAAAAUAAAUAAACAAACUUGACAUGGAUAGUAUCAUAUUCACGGACUUCUGACCACAAUAAGCUCUAAAGGAUAUCUUCUGACUCUCUUGUUGAAAGGACCUUUGUGGAAAAUGGAGAGGAAACCCAAAAUUAUUUCUCCAUUUGGGCAGCAAUUAAUGUAUUAAUAUUCCUCACUGGCUUAUACCAGUAUUCUAUUCUAAAUAUGUUCAUGCGAUUUCUGAGAAACUUAGUAUAACUAUAAUUCUGAACAAUUUCACUUUCUUGCAGUAACACUAUCAAGGUGUUUUGCAUAUUUGGAGGAAAAAAUGUUAGUUUCAAAUAAAAUAUGUAACUUUGACGAACCUCUUCAAAAUACCCCUAGAAAACUCCUUAAGCCCAUAGAUGUUCUUGGACCUAGGUGCCACUAGUCUUAUAUAAUUAAAGCCAACAUGGACAGCAAUUCAGUUUCAAGCUACAGAUUGUACAUCUGAUGGAGAAACAGUACCUAGGACAAUUCUCUUCAGUAAGGAGAAGACCCUGAAGGCAGAGGUGAGGUACUAUUCAGAGUAGAGGCUCUUUUCACUACAGUAAAUCUGAGUUGUCAAAUAAAUGCUGUUGGUUAAAAACUGCAUCAAGCCACUGGAUGAAGCUACAUUAGUGAUACACAAUUAUUUUAUUCUUGGCAAACCACAGCUUUUUGAUGGAUUUAUUCAAUAAUUUAUAUUUGACUCUGGUGCAUUCUUUCUUCGGGUCCAUCACUUGUACUUACAAAUUGCAUUUUUAGUAAAUGAGCCAGUUCUAUGAACAUUAAUUUUAAAGAUUUUAAAAUGGAUACUAAAAAUGUCUGAGGACACAUUUAUAGGACAUUAGUGUUUUAUGUUUACUAUAUGUUUGAAUAAUCAAAAGACAAAAUGCUUAACUGAAUUAUUUAGACAUACUGUUUCAAGGCAGGUAUUUUCCCAUUUCAAAAACAAUGAAACUGCUACCCAUAAUCUUUCCGUUUAACUAAAAUUUCAUAGUUGGCUUUGCUUCCAAAGAUACAGGGUAAUAUAAGCAAUCUAAAACAACAAUUUUAUUUGACUCAUGCCUCAUAGUAGUUAGAAAUGAAAGGUCAUGGACAACUGAACAUUUCUUCUUUUUCUCACUUUAAACCCUUAUGUUUCCACUAGUGAUCCUGACCCACGUGAAAAUCACCACAUAUGGGCCAAUACAUAGUUGUGAUGAGAGAAGCAAACAUUGGCCCUAAAUAUGUUGCAUGUACGUUAUUUAUUUCUCUGUUUAAUGCCACUAAUUUUUUAAUAAAGGAAAAAUUAAACAAUAUGUGUUAAUGAAAAAAAUCCUUCAGAUUUCCCAUUUUUAUUCUGGGGAAAAGUUUCUCUUUAACCAUUGUAGAAAAAGGUUAUUAUGGACAUAACACAUUUAUAUUUCUCGUGGAUAUCAGUUCCUAUUUAUGUCUAAUGAGAUCAAUUUCUGAAGCAUAAACAUGUUCUUAAAUGUCUGGUCUUUUAUCUGUUACAUUUAAUAUGCUGGUAAUCCUCAUAUUUCACAAAUUAAUGUUUAUAUUAUAGGAUAUACACGUCUUUCCUUUUAUGUAAAAGAUAUAUUUGUAUUCUAUUUCCCUCCAUAUGAGAUAGGACUCUGACAAGGUAUAAUGUAUAGGCUCAGCUCCACAUAUUAGAAACUUCACAAACUCAUAAACCCAAGGAGUCAACAUACCAUGUCUCACUUUUUUGAGCAAGUUAAUCUUUCCUUCUAUAUUUAGGUAAAUUUUCAAGCAUGAGAAAAAUAGAAAUUUCCAUUACUAUUUGCAUAGUGAGGUUAUAUUAUAACCAGUUAAUUUUAUUUUAUAACCAUCCAAUAAACCAGUGCUUUUUCCAAUUAAAGAAAAUUAAUUAUUCUUGGGAUGGAAAUUUAUCUUAGUAGUAGAGAUCAUGCCUCUUACAUAAAAGGUCCUGGGUUAAAUCCCUGGCAAUACACACACACACACACACACACACACACACACACACACAGGCACGCACACGC